AUGCUGCCGCUGAGCCUCUUGACGACGGCCAAGGGCCAGCCGAUGCUCAUCGAGCUCAAGAACGGCGACACCUACAACGGGCGCCUCGUGAGCGCCGACACGUGGAUGAACGUGAACCUCGAGGAGGUCAUCUGCACGAGCCGCGACGGCGACCGCUUCUGGAAGCUCAAGGAGUGCUACAUCCGCGGCAACAGCAUCAAGUAUUUACGCAUCCCCGACGAGAUCAUCGACCUCGUCCAGGAGGAGGAGAUCUCCGCCAAGGACGCGAAGAAGGGCGGCAAGGGCGGCCGGGGCCGCGUCAACACGUCGGGCCGCGGCCGGGGCCGGGGCAAGGGCGGCAAGGGCAAGGGCCGGGGCCGCGGCGACUCGGGCGGCAAGGCGGGCGGCCGCGGCGGCGGCCGCGGGGGGCGCGGCGCCUGA